CAGGGCCUCGGAGCCUUUGCAUUCCUCUCAUUCCGGCCCGGAACAAUCGGCCUCAGUUAUUCACCGUGCCGCGCAGCUCGGAGCGCAGUCUGGCCCCGGCGCGCACACACCGCGCAUGGAGGAGAGGAACUGUGGACUUUGUUGAAUUUAUGAGCAGAAAACUGAAAGACUACAGCACCCUAAACUGAUUCCUGCUGGAUGAGACUAUCGCUCGAUUUAUGAUUUGAGACCAUCACCUCCAACUCCAGACAGUUUUCUGCUAAUUUCCCACGGACUGAGAUGAGAACUGCUGAAGGCUCCUGUGGAACGGUCCUGCACCGACUGAUCCAGGAGCAGCUGCGCUACGGGAAUCUGACGGACACGCGCACGCUCCUGGCCAUCCAGCAGCAGGCCCUGCGGGGGGGCAGCAGCAGCGGCGGAGGGGGCCACGGCAGUCCCCGCUCCUCUCUGGAAAGCCUGACACAGGAGGAGACCCAGUACAUCCAGAUGUCCAAGCGACAGGAUCCUCAGGGCCAGGAGCACCAGGGGGACCUCCUGCAUUCUGAGAGCCAGGGGUGCCAUCUGUACCAGCUGCACGGAGAGGAGCUGCCCACAUAUGAGGAGGCCAAGGCACACUCCCAGUACCUGACCUCCCAGAAGGGGCACGCCGAGCAGGACUUGAACAUAAUGGGGGGUCACAGUGAGGCUCAGUGGGACCUGAAGAGGGAGCACGCUCGCUCCCUCAGUGAGAGGCUCAUGCAGCUCUCUCUGGAGAGGAGCGCUCCUCAGCACAGCCUGGGGUCUGCCCACAGCUAUCCACAGCUGUAUAAUGAUAAUAUUACAAACACUGUGGCAGCUGACAGGCCAGGGGCCCAACAGUAUGCAGAUCAGCGUGGGCCCCCCCCGGACUACCCUCUGUUUGCUAGGAUUCCUGGAUACAUGCUCAGCCACUCACAGGAGCACGGACAGUUCUACAGAGAGCCGCCUCCACCCUUCUACUCUCAGCAUCACAGCUUUGUGUCCGCUCAGUCACAGGUGGCUCACAGCCCCCCCGCAGCCCCCGGCCAGAACUUGUCUCAGACCCAGAUGUUGAUGCGAGAGAACGAGCGGCUCAGGAAGGAGCUGGAGGUCUACAGUGAGAAGGCCUCCCGGCUGCAGAAGUUGGAGUUGGAGAUUCAAAGGAUAUCAGAAGCAUACGAGACCCUAAUGAAAGGCUCUGCCAAGCGGGAGGCUCUGGAGAAAACAUUGAGGAAUAAACUGGAGGCUGAGAUUAAGAGGAUGCACGACUUUAACAGAGACCUGAGAGACCAGCUUGAUUCAGCUAUCAAACAGCGGUCAGCUAAGGAGGCCGAGUGUUCAGACCAGAGGCAUCAUGUCUUUGUUAAACUGCUUGAGCAAAAUGAAGAGCAGCAGCGGGAGCGGGAGCAGCUGGAAAGGCAGGUACAGCACCUGCGUGUCUCCGGGGAGGAGUGCCAGCAGAGGGGGGAGCUGCUGGAGCAGGCUCUGCUCUCCACACAGGCCCGCAACCGGCAGCUGGUGGAGGAGCUGCAGAGGAAGAGAGCAUAUGUGGAGAAGGUGGAGCGGCUGCAGGGGGCGCUGUCCCAGCUGCAGGCCGCCUGCGAGAAGAGAGAGGCGCUGGAGCUGCGGCUGCGCACGCGGCUGGAGCAGGAGCUGAAGAGCCUGAGGGCCCACCAGUCUCAUAGGCAGGCCGCUGACCCCAUGUCUUCAGAGCCCAGCUCCUCCAUGCUGCAGCAGCAGCUGAGGGAGCGGGAGGAGCGGGUCCUGGCCCUGGAGGCAGACCUCACCAGGUGGGAGCAGAAGUACCUGGAGGAGAGCACCAUGAGGCAGUUUGCCAUGGAUGCAGCUGCCACUGCUGCUGCACAAAGAGAUACAACCAUCAUCAAACAUUCUCCUCGACAGUCACCAAACAGCAGUUUUAAUGAAGACCUGCCUUCAUCUAGUCACAGACAUCAGGAGAUGGAGAACAGGAUCCGUGCACUUCAUGCUCAGCUCCUGGAGAAGGACGCCGUGAUCAAAGUCAUUCAGCAGCGCUCCAGGUGGGAGCAGGGCCAGCUGGAGAGACAGGGGCUACGUCUCACCAGGUCUGUCCCCUCCAUCAACAAUUUGACCAGCAGCACGGAGAGUAAAGGAAAGAGCCUCUCAGAUGACCAGACAGGUGCUGCUGCGCUGAGACUCCAGCCCUGCAUGGGGGGGCCAGUCAGGGCCCCCAGCAGGGACUGCAGCACCCAGAGUGAAGAGGCCUCUCUGGAGCCGGAGCCCACUGAAGUGAUCUCAGCAGCUUCAUCUGUAGAGACUACAGAGAAGCUACUCAAGACAUGUGAGAGGAUCAGCAGCUCCGAUGCAGAGGUGGUUGAAAUCCUCAUUUGAGGACCACUACAAAUGAUAUGAACAGUGCCAGCCAGUGAUGACAGAGACCUCAAGCCUGAGGUUUUAAAGACCUUCCUUUACAUCUGAACACACAUAAAGGAAGGCUGAUGGUCUGAUAAUGAUCUGAAAAGUUCACCAGCAGCAUGUGCUGCAGUUUGGAGAGGAGAGCUUUCCUCCAGCUGCACAGUUCACAAACUGACAUUUGCCUGAAGAGAAAUAAUUCUCCAAGCUACCUGGACAGUAUUGUGCACUGUGAUAGGAACCUGGCUGCUGGUGCGAAUAUUCAGUUGUUGUGCAUUUUCAUUUUUGAAGUAAUGUAUUGUAUUUAUGUUUGUUAAUGCUGCUCAUAUUGUGAUGUGACGUUUCUUGCCCUGCUCCCCUUAAGUUAUAUACAUUUCUCUGGAUAAUUUAUUUAGUUUAUUUUUGAAUGUCCAGUAGCGAGCCUGCCCUCUUAAAGUAAUGGAUAUGUUAAUAUUACAAGCAUCCUCUAUUUCUUCAUGCCAUGUUUGGGGAUUAUUCUGUUUAACAUAACCUAAAUUAACAGUUAAAAAUACAUUUGUGGCCUGCUCACACCUCAGAAGAAGAUUUAGAAACUUUGAAUGCGAAGCCUGCAGGACGUCUGCUCACUACUCUCUUAAAAAAGCCUGUGAGGAUUGACAGUGGGGGUCUAAUUUUCCAGAUCCUGGGUUAAUGUUCAGGGGCCUCAGAUGGCGACUGCCCACCAUUUUGCUUCCCUCCGCUGAUAUGUUGGAGCUAAUCUACUCACAUUCCCUGGCUGACGGAAUGCUCCCUUUAAAGAAAAAGGCUAUCUAAAGUCUGACCCCUCACCCUUGUUAAAAUGGCACACAUUCUCCACAUGAUUCUCUUUCUGGGGCUGGUUAUUUAUUCUGAGUGCUGGUAGCUGGAUCUACCAUGAGCAUAGAAAUGUUCAACUAUAAUUGGCCUGUAUCUGAUACUCUAUUUGUUGUCUCCAUCCCUGUGUUAUAUUCAGCCGUGUUGUCUCCAGCGCAAGUAUCUCACAUUUCUGAGUGUACAGGACUAUAUCCCUAACAUGGAAUCUUCUAUUUAUUUCUCCCUGCGUGGUGUAAGAUCACUGAACACUGCUGAAUGUAGACUCCUGUUUCCAGCACUGUGUUCCUUCAAUUCAAUUGGAUUGUGCCACAACUCUGAUUGAUCUACUCUUUAGAGGAGAAUACUGCUAAGUUAAUAUAUUACCCCACAUUUAUCAAUUGCAGAAUUUCUAGGUUUAUUUAUUAUAAAUAUUGUGCCGCAAAUUGCAUGAGAAAUCUCACAUGUUGACUGUUAUUCCCCUUCAUCCUGUUCACCAUACUUCCCGGCACAAUGCAUUUGCUGGUCAUUGCAGCGUGUCAGUUCAUGCCUUUCACUCUUUUUGGAAUGUGUUUACAUGAUUGUGAAGUGAGAGAACUUAAUAUAUUUUGUAGCUUUUUGUCAUUUGUAUACUGUUUUUUUGUGUGUGUUUUUGGUGCCAAAGAUGUACUCUACCUUUAAGUUAUCAUCAUGACAAACACAAAAGGUCCUGUUUAGGUUCCUUGCUUCAGCUGGUUGACCCAUUUUGAUGUUGCUGUGAACUUUUGUAAAGGAAACAUUUGUCUGUAUGCCUUAAAAUGUCACUAUAAUAGAUUACAAUUCUUAAUAUAUGUCUGAUAAAAUGCUCUUGGUUUUGA